GUCCCUGUCAUAUGACUUCCAUUUCCUGGUACAGCGGCUCAGCUUCAUCUCAAACGCCGCUGAGUGAGCGUCUCUGUCCGGCUUUCUCUUCUCCUCUCCGGUGUCUGGCAUACUCAAAAACUACCAGUCGAUCAUGUCCCGAUAUGCUGCAUUUGUGUUAUUCCUCGCACUCGGAAUUGAAAUCCAUGUGUCGCAUGGUAUCGAGGUGUCGGUCAAUGACAAAGACGGCAAGUUAUGCCUGUAUGCAAAUCUAAUGGUCAACUUCUCAGUCUCAUAUGAAGUCGCCGACAAUAAGAAUGAAACAGUUGAGAUUGAACUUCCUAGUGACGCCAAAACCGCUGGAAGUGCUUGUGAUGCCACAAGCUCAACACUGAAGCUCAAUUUUGGAGAAGGACACUCCUGGAGCAUGAACUUCGCCGUGAAAGAAAAUACAUACCAGGCGGACUCCAUCACGUUUUCCUACAAUCUCAGCGACUCAACCGUCUUCCCCAAUUCUGUGUUAAACGAAACCGCAUCAGUGACCAUGAAGCCUCAUAUUACAGACGUAGGCUUGGACACCUGCUACUCUUGCAAGAGUAAAGACAUGAUCCAGUCCGACUCUGUCAAUCAGACUCUAUGGAACGUGCUCAUACAGGCUUUUGUCAGUAACGGCAGCAAGAGUGACAACCUCACCACUUGUGCCGCUGAUGUGCCCGCGACCACUGUUGCCCCCACUGCUGCUCCCACCCCCACCACCACUCCUACCACUACCACAGCGGUUCCUGUCACAAACUCGACUUCCCCUGCUCCUCCUCCUACGACCACCCCGACCCCCACCCUCCCAUCACCCACCACUGGGAAGUACAGCAUCAAGCCAGAUGAGAACAGCACAGCCUGCCUGUUGGCCGACUUCGGCCUGCGGAUUGGUUUCAAGCAAGGAGACAAAUAUCAGGAGAUGAACUUGGAUCCUAAUGGGACCGUCGCCUCUGGAUCAUGUGGAGUCAACAGCAGUGAGCUGGUGUUGGUGUCCAACUCAAUGACCAUCAUGUUCACCUUUGCCAAUGACACAAAGAAAUUCCGCCUACAUGCUCUGAACGUCACCGCAAAACCAAGCUCCGGCGUAGUGUUUUCUGAGGUGAACAGCAACCUGAGUCUGUGGGAGGCCGCCGUCGGCAGCUCCUACAUGUGUAAUAAGGAGCAGAACUACACCAUCACCAACCUGCUCACCAUCUUCACCUUCGACCUGCAAGUUCAACCCUUUGGAGUGAAGAAGGGUGUUUUCAGUACAGCCCAUGAAUGUUCAUUGGAUGACACCAGCAUCUUAAUCCCAAUCAUUGUUGGCGCUGCUCUGGCUGGCUUGAUUCUCAUUGUAGUGAUCGCUUACGUGAUUGGUCGAAGAAAGACUUAUGUUGGAUAUCAGACCCUUUAAAUCCAGUCUGCAAUCAUGAAAUAUCACGGGGUUCCCAAGCCUGGUCCUUGGGGUUCAUGUGCAAUCAACUUAAUUGGCAAAUAACUUAAAAUUCAAGAGCUUAAAUCUAAACUUGAGACGUAGUUUCAUAAAGAAAAAUUGAUUUUAUUAUCUGCUGGUAUUAAAAGUUAUUGGUCAUCUUGAGACAUGAAAUGCACAUCAAGCAUUUUUGAAUCAGCUAAAGGGUCUUUAAUGAUGAGAUAAAUGUAAAAUCAAUAUCAAGAUCUGAGGCUUGGUGUUCUCAAGGACCAAACUUGUUCACACCCCAUGUUUGUGUUUGUUUUUUGUUGUUUUCUGGAUGUCUUGUCUUUUCCUUUUUUUGUUGUUUUUGUUAAUGGAGCAAGUGCAAGAUCCAUACAAACCCCCUUUUUUAAAUGUAAGAAAUCACAAUGUAAAAUGACUUUUUAUUGAAUGAGACUUCAUACUCUUGUCAGUAUGUUCAGUAUACAGUACAUAGUUAUUUUAAGGCGUACAUAUCUCCAGCACUAGAUAUGUUGUAAUUUCAGGAACCUGCAUUUGCUCUGCAGACAUUCCUUUUUGUUUUUGCUUUUGUCAUUAUUUAAUCUUUGUGCACAUUUUUAGUUUUUACUUCCUUUAUGGUUUGGCUUUUCAUCCCUGCAAUUAUUUGCAUUAUCAGCACUUAAGAAUAACAAUUAUAUCCACAGCAUUUCAGCUGAAAAUCCUUCAGAAACAUAAGGAAGAUAGUCGAGCAGCUUUCUUUUCUUUGCUCCUAGAAUCAUUAACAAGGAUGAAGGUCUACUCCAUUUGGAAAGUUGUCAAAGGAAAAUGUGCUUUAGCCCAUGUUUGCCCCUGUAGAGCAGGAGAAAUAUUUGAAUCAAUGUCCUGAUCAUGUGGCUCCAAUUAUGUUAAGAAUGUGAAAUCAAAAUGUGUGUUUGUUUUGAACGUUGACAGACCUUUUUUUUUUUUUCUCCACAGAAGACAUUUUGAUAUAUGUCGAGCAGUAAAAGCCCAGGUGGGAGUAAUAACAUUAACGAUGUAACCGAUGCUGUCAUUGUUAGUGUUAUUAAUUACACCUGUGCUUCUCAUGUUAUGUCAAAAUGUCUGCUGUUUUAAAAGGUCUCUUACACUUGCACAAGUUCAAGUCAGAGAAUAAACCUGAAAAGAAAAGUCAUACAUAAUACAUUUUGGCAUUAGGUUUAGAAAAGGGACAGUACUAUUGUGUAGAUAUUCACUCUCAGCGCAGAUCAUUCUGAGAGGAGGAUAUUUACAUGUAAAUGCACUAAGGCGCUCUUUAAAUUUUUUGCAUAUUUGUGUUUGAAACUGUGUCACGUUAUUUCACCUGUGUAUAGGCCUGGGCUUGGCCUGAGCUCUGAAAGAUGCAGUUGGAUCAGAGGGUGUUAAAGCUCCUGAUAAUCAAAUCAGUUUAUGUGUUUCUCCUCAUGACUGAACAAUUGAAGUUCAGCUAACCUGCUUCGUCAGGACCAUGUGUGGGUGUUGAAGUGAUCAGAUUUGACUGGCAGAGGCCCGGCAACAUAAACGAACAACCCCAGACUGAUUCAGGUAUUAGAAAAUCCUUUUUUGGUGCAGAGAAGUACACCAAACCAGCGAGAAGAGCACAAACGAAACGGCACAAAUUAAAAUCUGUCAGGUUAAAUAGACAAAACUGGGUUUUUUUUGUUGUUGUUUUUUUUGUAAUGUAGGAGAACAUCACUCAUACUGAAGGGGCUUUCACAUCUGUUUGGUUCAGAUUAAAUUAAUUCUGGUGAAACCAGUUAAAUCAAACUCCAACCGCACUGAGAUUGUCUGAAAAGCGUACUCUGUUGGUCAGUUGGUCUGUUUGAGGUGCAAACAGACCAACUGCAAGAUUUUGUGAUUAUAUGAGAUUUUAGCAUAAAAUCAAAAGUUACUAUUAAAUCAAUCUGCUGAUCAUGAACUGUUAAGAAAGCGAUCUCCCAAUCUAUUUAUGCAAUGUGAUAACCAUGGUAACACUGAUGCACCUCAGUACAGGAGUGUGGAGAUUUUCUCUGAUACAUGAAAGAGUUAAACCAAAGUAUUACCAGAGGCGUGAUGAGCUCUCCUCCCAUAAUAUUAAAGGACAAAAUGCCUUUUUUUUUUUUUGUCCUGUUUCUGUUCACCAGUAUUUACCAUGUGACAUAUGAGGCCUAUUUGCAGUCCAGACUAAUGAUGCUCAUAAUCAGGUUGUUUUGUGACACCAGAGAACAUAAAUGAAUGAAACGAUGAUGAUGAUGCAGGACCACAGUUAUACAUGAGUCGCCUAUGAGUCCGUAUGACUUCAUGGUUACAGCUCUUUUGAAAUAAGCCAGUGAGAACACAAACCAGACCAGAGCUUAAAGGCUUUUAUUUUAUUUUUCUUCUGGUCUUUGAUCCAAAUAAACCCAAACCACUGAUGUGAAAGCACCCAAAGAUCUUUAAGUCAGGGAGUCGGUGCAGGUUGCGGUGAAGCAGCAUCCGGGAUGGAGGCAAGCCCAAGAAUGUGUAUUUUUGUAACGAUAGUAAGCCGAUGUGACACAUUAGUUGCUGUGUAUUGUUGCUUAAUUCUAGCAGAGUGUUAUUUACUGUUUGCUUUGUUCCAACUGGAGCAACGCAGUCGGUUAUAUGAGACUCGCUCAAAUUAUUUGCAUUUUUAAGUUGCUCAGAAAACUUUGCUUCCCCAGGACAUUGUAUAUGUGUAUGAAUAAUAGCUCUUAAAUCAAAUGCAGGCUUGUGGUCGUUGCUGUCUUGUUUAUUUCAGCUUUGUAAAAACUUGAGUUGCCUUAAUUAUAAAGAUGGUUUUGCAGCACUAGUAUAAAUAGUAAUGUUAGACAUUUUUCUCAAGGUUCACCUGUCUUCUCCUCAAUAAAUCAUCCAGUAGGUUUAUCAUCAUGAUAAUAGUGCCUUUAAUUAAAAAAAAAAUCAGUUUUGUACAUUCAGUAACUCAUUAAUACUGUUGAGCUAUUGUUCUGGUAACUUGCUAAGCUUCAGAUCAUUAUUUAAUUCCCCUUCAGUUGUGGAGAACAUUGCACAUGUUCAGCAAAGGGAAUUUGUGCUGCAGGAUCAUCUUCUUCCAGAUCAAUUCAUGUGUGUUAUGUGGAUACAAAAUGACUGCUGAUUUCAUCUCCAUUAUUAUCGUAUUAUCGCUGUUAGUUAUAAUAAAUUGGAUUUCAAAUUGUGUGUCAGACUGACGUGGAGCUUUUUUAGCAUUUUGACAUUCAUGAAAUAAAAUAAAAAUGCGUUGUUGUCCUGGA